AUGACUAAAGGACUCGCUCUUACAUACACAUCAUUUGACAGUGACAUCUCAAAGGUUGUCUCAGUUAGUGAGUAUGACAUUGAUUUCUCAGACUUGAAACCCAACCAAGUCGCAAUUCAGGCUCUCGCAACUCCGGUUAACCCAUCUGAUUUGGUUCAGAUUCAAGGUGUAUACACUGUACCAAGGACUCAAACUGUGCAAGGCAAAGAAGUUCACAUCGGGGGAAAUGAGGGUUUGUACCAAGUUGUUAAGGUCGGGGACAGUAUCAAGGAAUUUAAAGCUGGUGACUGGGCAAUCACCAAGUUGCCCAAUUUUGGAACCUGGAGAACCCAUGCUAUUUUGGACUUUUAUGAUGAUGCCAAUACUGGCUUAAACGAUGUACCAUUGAUCAAGAUUAAAGACUCGACCAAGGCAUCUACAAACAUAACCAUCUCGGAAGCUGCUACUAUCGGUGUUAAUCCUCCGACUGCCUACCAAAUAUUGGAGCAAUUCGUAGAAUUUGAUAACCUGGGUAAGGAUUGGGUUAUUCAAAAUGCUGGUGCUUCCCAAGUAAGCAAGUUUCUUGCACAGAUUGCUAAGCAUCGAAAGAUCAAUGUCAUCUCUGUGAUCAGAGGUGGAAAGCCCAACCAUGACGAGAUUGUCAAAGAAUUGAUUGAUUUGGGCGCAACAAAGGUAAUCACAGAAGAGGAGUCUCAAUCUGAAAAGUUCCAAACUGAAACAAUUCCGCAAUGGCUCAAAGAAACUGGAGGUAGCUUGAAGUUAGCUGUGAACUCUGUUGGUGGUAAGCUGGCCAGUGCACUUUUCAAGCAUUUGUCUCAAGACGGGUUUUUGGUUUCUUAUGGUGUCUUGGAUCCUGAACCCAUCAGUUACUCUAUCGGCUUGCAAUUAUUUAAGAAUAUUACCACCAAGGCUUAUUGGUUUACCAAGAAUACCAAGACAGAUCCAGAGUCUAAGGUUAGAACCUUGACCUCCGUGAUUGACUUAUUUGAAUCAGGAGACAUCAAGAACAUUGAAUUUGAGAAAAAUGUGUAUAAGUUGGGUGAUAGAAAGGAAGCAUUCCUCGAAGCUUACAAGAAUGCCUUUGCCAAAUCGUCGAAGGCCAAGCAAGUGGUUAUCUUUGAAUAG